AACGACUCCAUAAUGAAACUUGAAUUAAGCCUCUUUUGAAGUAUGCAUGGGUAAACAUGCAGAAACAAAAUCCAGCUUUGUAUUCAGCCAAGGGAAGAUUUGUAGGAAGGUCAGUAUAGAAACUGGGACAGAUGGUCAGGAUUAGGCUCAACGCUCAUCUGACCACAAAACGCUAAGAUGUCCGCAACCAAGAGCAUUAACAACGAGCAAAGUCAAAACAAUCAGCAUGACCAGCCGGAUAAACCGUUUUUAUCGUUUUCAAUUGAGAACAUCUUAAGAAAAGAUUCGUUCGGCGCUCGCCGUUCCAACCCAGUCCAAAGUCGGAUAGCUUGCGUCCAUUCCAAGAAGACUUCUCAAAAUGACGCUACAGACAAAACAAAUGAAAGCAUCUUUGUGCGUUUACCUUGGCUAUCUUACACGAGAUACUGUCCACCUAAAAUACCACGAUCAAAAUCACGGAAAGGAACCCGCAAGCACAAACUAGACAGAAAUCCCCGAAUUCCAUUUUCCUCAAACCAACUGGCGGCGCUAGAGGCAAAGUUCGUCGAAUCACAUUACCUUUCGAGUUCAGAAGUGCGUCAACUUUCAACAUUACUUUCCGUUACGGAGCACAGGGUGAAGAUAUGGUUUCAGAAUCGUCGAGCUCGAGAAAAGAAAACUGCUGGAAGUCUUAAAGAAACUGAUGCCAUAGAGACUGAAUGAAACUCAAUGUUAAAUUGGUAACAAAAACCAUCUCCGAAGUGUGCAUCGACCUAAAUUUCGACGGCAGCUUCCCUUGGGAGAUUCGAACGAUAUCUUCAGUUUUUCAUUUUUUCGAACAAAGUGAGGAGAACAUCAAGUACCAUGUAUUUCGUUAGAUAAACUACUAGCUAUAAUAAACCUAGAUUUUUACUUUCUCUAAAGUACAGUAUUUAUUAAAUGUCGACAUUCUUAAUCGGUAGACUUAMGCAGUAUUAUUAUUUUAAGGUAAUUGUUCGUCACGAAAUGUAACUACAAAUUUCACCCAUCAAAUAAACGUUUUUAGCAAAACCUU